GUUUUGCAGAAAAACACGCCCAAAAGUAUACAAGCUACCGACGCACGAUUUGCCAAGAACACCGGUGGCGCAGAGUAACGGCUUGCGAUGAAUGCAGACCUUGACAAGAAGCUGUGUUAGCAUUACAAGUUUCAAACGUCGCAAAACGCGGUGAUGGCGGGGCGGCGAAGCGGUCAUACGCUGUAAUCGAACGCACAGCAGUAUCCGCGCGGUCGCGCAGCACUGCGAGACGACCGGGCGGGACACGUCGGGUGUACCUGGCCAGGAUGAUCGUACGAAACCCAUCAGCUUUCCGUUCUCGGCUCUACUCAAGCGGUUCCUCUCGACGAGUGUACCAGGGACUCAUAGAGCCUUCGCCUCAUAGAGUGUAUCUCUCAGCGAUGGGUGAAGUUGGCAUCAUGUGGGCUGCAGCACGACAAACCGCAACGGCCAGAUGAAACCAUGUUCUCACCUUGCACACGUCGCUCGCUUCCCCGAGCGUUCCUUCGAGAGUUGCAGU